AUGCAAUCGUCGAUCUCUAAAUACCGCAUCACCAAGCGGGUUGGUGGCGGAUCCUUUGGUGAUAUCUAUUUGGGUGUAGGAGCCAAUGGAGAAAAGGUUGCUGUGAAAUUUGAAAAGCACGGAGCUCGAUGCCCGCAGCUGCGUCACGAAUACAAGGUCUAUCGUGAAUUGCAGAAUGCUCCUGGAUUUGCCAAGGUGCACUACUUUGGAACACAAGACUCGUACAACUUGAUGGUUAUGGAUCUGUUGGGUCCUUCUUUGGAGGAUCAAUUCAACAAGUGCGGCAGAAGGUUCUCGCUGAAAACUGUCUUGAUGGUGGCCGAUCAAAUGCUGGAGCGAGUAGAGCUCAUGCACUCGCGCCACUUGAUUCACCGUGAUAUCAAGCCUGCUAACUUUGUCACGGAUGCCGGGCGUGGAAAUGGCAAUUUCAUUUACUGCAUUGAUUUUGGUCUAUCAAAGCGCUAUCGUCAUCCUAGGACUCUGCAGCACAUUCCUCAGAGAGAAGGACGAUCUCUGACUGGUACUCCUCGUUACGCCUCUAUUAACAAUCACUUGGGUGUCGAGCAGUCCCGACGAGACGAUUUGGAGUCCAUUGGAUACGUCCUCGUCUACUUUCUCAAGGGAGGACUCCCAUGGCAGGGACUCAAGGCAAAGUCCGCCACAAAGAAGUACAAGCUGAUUAUGGAAAAGAAGCAAUCCAUCACAAUCCCAGCGCUCUGCCAAGGAUGCCCCAGUCAGUUUGCCGAGUACUUGGCUUACUGCCGCAGUUUGAAGUUCGAGGCCAAGCCCAACAUUGCUUACCUUCGAGGCAUGUUCCGUGACCUGUUCCGAUCGCAAGGAUACACCAACAACCACUCCAGCCUCGAUUGGGACUGGAACAGACUCGAAGGAGGAGACGUUCGUGACCGUGUGGCGGACGGCAUGGAUGACCGCGGAUACUAA